AUUGAGAGGUACACUUCAAAUUAAUAUAACAAAUUCUGUGAGCAGAUCCUGAUUUUUCUCAUCAGCGUGAUCAAAUUAAGAAAAUUACAAUAUUUUAUUAGAGUAUUGAAAAGUGAAAAUCUAGAUUCAGCGCAUGUAGACAAAAUAAAUUGUUUCUGUAAUAUAUGUGGUUACAAUUAAGUAUUUUAUAUUAAAUAUGAAACAAGCUCCUUAGCAUGUAAGAAUGUAUUGUAUUAAUUCCAAUUGUAGCUAUACUGCUGACUCAUUGUGCCUUAUAUGGUGCUACCAGCCAAACUGCUUUACGAAAAUUAUUUUGCAAUCAAUGAAACAAUUAACUGCUCUGAAUUUAUCGUAUGAUUUUGCAUAGUCGCUGAAUGAGCAGUAUUGGAUAACUAUGAACUAAUUCUACCUCGAUGAAACUCCUUUAUUGAAUUAGACAAUGUAGCUUAGCUAUUUAAUUAGAUAAUUUUAUUGUAAGAAUUCAAAAUUUUGGCAAUGCUCUGCUUAGCCAAACAAAUGGACAGCAGUCCAUAAUUACAAAUUGUAUUCUCAAAAGCCUGUCACAAUAGACUUUUUGUGCAAUCCCAUGUCACAUUCUGUGGUCACUGAUUCUUGUUUCAAAUUUUUCCAAUAUCGUACCAUUUUGGCAAUUUCUGUUGAGUGGGGGGUCAGCUGUUGUUCGGCGAUGACGACAAAUACGAGGUUUCUUGAUUGAUUCGGGAACCCUAGCCGUUGAUUCUAAUUCCAACCAUCACCUGAAGAAGACCCAGGAGCAGCGACCACGGGAGGAUGGAGUGGACAACUGUGAGGGUGUACAUUUUGGCUGGAAAUCAACAGAUGCAUUUCAAGUCAAAGUUGAAAAAAAUUAGUGGGGUAUGUAAACAUUUCAUUGGAUUCCAAGGGACCAGAACGAGUCUCAAAUUAAUCUAUGGAACAGUCAUCAAUAUGUGCUUAAUGAAUGCUUUGGCCGGAGUCAAAGUUAUGCAACUAGUCACCUCAGGAGAAGAAGAAAUAAUGUCGUUCACAUAUUCGCAUGCAAUUGUGGGAUUCUGCGGUGUAUCGCUAGCAGUGAUGAAACUCAUUCUGUACUUUAAAAAUCGUCGUGAGGUUCACAAACUAGACAGUGUCAUUUGUAAAAUACUACCUUUCGAUUCAAGUGAUAUGUUCAAUGAAAAAGAGGAGGAAAUUUACUUUGCUGUAAUUGUUCUCAUUUGGUCUUCCGCUGCAGCUAUAAUAUUUGCAAUACUGAACUCAAAUUUCCUCUAUCUUAAUCAUGAAGACACUCAAUUUUUGUAUCCCAUCUACCUGCCAAAAUUUGUUGAAAAUAAUUCUUUGGGAUUUUAUACUUUUUAUGGACUGCAGGUAGCAUCGUGCUUGCAGGUGGUUGCCAUCAAUGGUGCAACACUAGCUUCAUUCGCACAUGUCAGUAACGUUCUAUGUGUUCAGAACAAAGUCCUUGGAAUUGAAAUUUGCAAUUUGACUGCAGAUCGGAGCAGAGCAAUGUCCGCUCAUUGCAAGCUGGAGAAGAUUAAAGAAUAUGUGCAAUUCCAUUUACAUCUUAUGGACAUUGUCAGUCAGUUGGAAACCGUGUUUGGAGAAAUAAUUCUGUGGGAAUUCUUUGGGAAUCAAUGUAUGACUUGCCUACUCACCUAUCAAAGCAUCAUGCAAGCCAAUCAAGGUAGAAUACUCAAUUCCAUACAGACCAUUUGCACGAUUCCUGCACUUCUUAUGACGUCAUUCAUGUACUUCCUUUUAGGAACUAAAAUUUCAGAGGCGAGCGAGGAAUUGCGAACUUUGGUAUACUUCAGUAACUGGUAUGAGCAGCCGCUAUGGUUCCAAAAAUUCCUUCUGAUCAUGAUGAAACGAAUGCAGAAGGUUCUCACUUUCAAUGCAGUUUACAUUAUCCCAGUAACUCUCAACAGUUUUUUGAAGGCACUUCAAGCUGGAUUUUCUUACUUCAACUUCUUGAAAGCUAUGACAAGUCGUUAGAAAUUAAUAUUUUUUCACAAGUAUGAGGCUAUCAGGCUAUAUUGAUUCUAUGACAAAAUUUAGUUUGUAGAUAGAAUAAAGAUCAUAUUGUAGAUUAUAGUAAAUAGAAAAUAAACGAAGUAUAUAAAAUAUUUUUUGAGCGUAUUUUUUUGUAUUCACUUCUCAUUUCAUUUUUUUCCAACCUUUCCAUGUAUGUUUCUAUGCUUUAUGUGUGUUGAGUGUGCUGUGUUUAGACAGCGAAUACAGUUCACCAGUAUAAUAUAAAGCGAGGAUUAAUAGUAAAUUGAAAUACAGAGUAGGAGAGUCAAGGUAGAGGGGUAACAGGAUUGUCAGCCUCAUAAUUUGGUGAAUAUAUCAAGUUUUUUAAUGGAAUUAAUGAUUUAUGAAGCUCACUUUCAUACUGCUUACUGCCCACUGUUUACGCAAUGCAUGAUCAUGUAUGAUUAUAAUGGUAAUAAUUGUAGCAUCAAUCAUGAACACUGUAUGACUUGAUAGAAAAACAGUCUUUAUUUCCUAUUCUAUAACGACCACAACAAGCACUAAACAAAAGUCAACAUUCUAAUUCAAGAUAAUGUUUCAAAUGCAUGAGAUGAUAAUGAUAUUCCAGAGUAAAAGUAUCAUGAGAUAUUGUA